AUGAUCAUCCCGGGCUCCACAUUAUACGUCACUGCGCUGUGGUUGAUCAAGUCUAGCAUGGUGAUCUUCUACAAGCGCCUCGCAGAUCGCACCCGGUACCAGAUGGUGUAUAACAUCACACUUGGUUUCCUGGCUGCAACCUGGCUAGUGCUGUUUUUCGAUAUCGUCUUCAAGUGCUAUCCGCCCAAGCGGCAGUGGGAGGGGCUUACAAACCCUGAGUUGGUAUGCCCUCAAGGACCAUCCACAGUCAACUACUGGCUCACGAUUCUCUUCAAUAUCUUCAGUGAUGUCUUCAUCAUCUGCCUCCCCAUUGCGCAAGUUGCGCGACUUAAGAUGCCCAGGAAACAAAAGUGGGGUGUCAUAUCUGUCUUCCUCCUUGGUAUUCUUGUAGUCAUCACUAGCAUUAUCCGAGCGGUCUACUCCCACCGCAACGAACAAAUGAUCACCUGCACCGUCUCCAUGGUCGAAACCGCCAUCGCCAUCAUCGCUUCUUGUCUCCCCGUUCUCCGCACCAUGGUCUUCGGCUCUCACUCUCGCACUGGAACCUAUAGCGGCCGUCGCGGCUACGAGCUCUCGCACUCUGGCGUGCAUACCGGCGCCCAGGCCAGCAAGCAACACACCACCGUUUCCACCUCACAAAGUCAUGUUGAUCGCGGCGAUGAUAUUUCUUUUCAUGACUCCGACGACGGAUUAGUGAAGGACACGGCGCCGGCUUCCGGGCCGGGGAUUGCUGUUAGGACUGAGUAUUUCGUGCGUGAGGAUCGUGUAUAA